UGCGCAAGUCAACUAUCCAGAGCGGGAGCAUAGUCCAUGCACAUAAUCACUACUGGAACAGCAGUCUACAGCUUUAUCUUUUGCUGAUUAUCUAUCCUGCGCGAUGGCGGAGCUCACAGUUGAGCAGCAGAUCGAUCAGCUGAAUUCCGCUAAACAGCUCGUAUCUCAAGACGCCUCCUUCUACCCCCAAAUCAUCAAGGGCAUCCUGCCUAUCGCGCAAAAGCCAGAGUCUGCCCUGCGGUUAUGGAGCGCUUCUUUUUUGGCCGAAGGAUUCUCGUCGACUUCAGUAGACCAGCUCGAGAAAGAGCAGCUCGCGCUGUCGUGCUUAGACACGAUCGAGAUCCUGGUAAACGACGAUGAUCUGCAGGUGCAAAAGCGCUCAAUUCCGUGCGCGGCCUUAGUCUACCCUCUUAUAUACAGCUACGUUUGCACACACAAGACAGCCGACGACGUCUGGAACAAGAUGCUCGCAAUCAAGCUGAGGGUGAUCGAGCUAUGGGACAAAGGCCACGUCGGUCUCAGUCUGGCUUGUAUAAAAUUCGUCCAGCGUAUCGUAGCAGCUCAGACUGCGGGAGCCAAGGAUCCACGGCUCGUGGAUGCGUCGGAUGCUUCUCUGACUUCAGUGCCGCUCAAUCAUCCGUUACUUCAUCUGAACAGCUUGGAGGCUGAGGGCCAAGGCUACCUGGACCGGUUGCUAGACGUAUUCUACGAUCAUGCUAUCAACGAGUCGAUCCUCAGCGCUACGCUGUACGCGCUCGGCGUACUCUUAAAAACUCGUUCAACCACUGUAAACAAAAUCCUGACACGCAUUCUUUCAUUCGACCCUCUGUCCGCCGACUAUGCCACGACAAAUCCUGCAAAGCUCAAGCUCGAGCUGCGGUGUAUCGAGAAGAACUUGCGGAUUCUUUUGGGAAAUAUGAUGAAGACUCCUGCGAUUUCUAGCCAAUAUGGACCUCGGAUACACCUGUAUUUGAACCAGCUGAUGCAAUUCAAGAAUCUCUCACCCGAAGAAAUCACUCGUAAGCGGUCCGCAGACUCCACAAUCGACAGUCCUUCCAAACGACCACGAACAGACUCACACAGUCCUCCCACUGAAACCGGAGUAAAAUCCUACGCCAGUCUGUACACCCUGAUCGACACAAAAAUACCCAGCAGAAACUUUGACGUCAAAGCGCUCCCGCUCGACGUGCUGGCUGAGAUUGCUCUUGCUGGGAUGACGGCAAAUAGCCCGCAAGUCGUCGACGCGGCCGUGAAGGCGGUGCAGACACGGUACAGCAAACUCUACCCGCCUCCGAAUAUCAUCAAGAUCGAGGACGACGGAAGUCUAGAGAAGUCGAUCGAGCAGGCGGCAGCUCCGUCGACCGCGGCGGUUAUUGAUCCGCCAUAUAUGGACGAUGACGAUGACGACUACGAGCCUGACGAAUAUGAACCUCCAGAUCCGAUCAAGUCUGCUUCACCCACGCCAGUGCCUGCGAGUCAGCCAGCAUCUGCACCUCCUGCACCGGCUAUAAAGUACGAGGAAGAAGAAGACGAUGACGAUUACAACCCUGAGGCCCUAAUUGAUCAAUUCCAACCCGUUGUUGCCAGCAAGCCACCGAAUCCGCAACAAGACGACGCCUACAUCAAUGAGUUUCGAGAGGAUUCGCCCGAGAUGGACGCACUUGCGCUAGCUGCCCGGGAGCAAAUGACCGACGAAGAACGAAUUGCAACGUUCCAGGACUGCAUCGAGCGGCUGUUUCUUGCCGGCGAGGACAUCGAGCGCACGAUCUUUGAAGACAACGAAGCAAAGAAGAACGCCAAAGAUCUAGCGGAUCUCAACAGCGUCGGCCUGCGAGGCGAUAUCUGGGUGGUUUUGCUCGCGAGAUUGGGCACGAGAGGGAUCCCUGCCGUGCAGACUGAGGGCAUGUCUGAGAGCCAGAUCGAGCAACUUAGUGACACUAUGGCGCGGCAUAUCAGGGAGAAGCUUUAUGAAUACGUGAUUGCGAAUUUCCGAGAGCGAGUGGAGGUCGCAAUUAUGUGGCUCAGUGAGGAGUGGUAUAACGACAAAAUGAAGCUCAAACAACAGCAGCAACAGCAACAGCAAAAAUGCGAGACAAAAGCGGAAGAUGAGGAUACCAAGCCUGUGGGCACCGACGGCACCCUUACAGCAGAGAACUCGGCAUACAUCAUAUGGACGAUGAAGAUCAUGGACAGCGUGAUCCCAUUCCUAGACGUCAAGGACAAAGUUUUUUUACGGUUCUUGUCAGAUUUACCAGAGCUUACCCGGGACAUGUUGUAUAAGCUCCGGAUUUUGCUGAACGAUCCUGAUCGUCAGAAGUUGGGCAGAUUUGCGCUACAGUACCUGGGCAAGCUAAGACCUCCGGUUCGGGAAUACUGUUCUCAACUGCUAGAGUCUUUUGAAGGUAACGAGGUGAAGCCAGCCGCCUAGCAUUAGAAAAGGAGGACGGAGGUAGUUUACAAGCAGUUGAGAU